AUGGAAUCUUACUAUGGUUCUUGGUGGGGAUCCGAAAAUGUCUCAAAUCUAUUCUGUUCCCGUGUUGCGAUUUGCCCCCCAGAAAUCAAAUAUGACGAGAAUGUGGCCACCUGCAUGAAAUCCAUGCAGGGACACCAUAAGCGUGCCAAUUUGUUACUAUUGGCCAACCACAGACAUCCAUUUCUUUACAUUGUUCUCCCUUUCUCGAACAUCACGGAAAUUUAUAACCGAAUCUCCUUAUUGUAACAACGGUUGUUGUCGAUGAGUCUACGAUGGCGAUUACUUGAUACAGAUAACUGCACUGAUACGACUACGACUUCUCCGACUUUUCAAUUUCAUCUCUUUUUUGCACGUUCACGAAUUUCAUUGCUCAUUUCGCAUUGCUUUACCGAUACCGACUACUACGAUUAGGUAUUCUGUACCACUCCUUUUUGCACCAUCAAACUUCACGAAAUCAGAAUAGAUUGGCUACCGCUCUCCAAGUCACAAAUUGGCGAGACGUUUAAUGCAAACUGCCGGUACCUAGGCUGACAGCGACAUUGUAUUCUACCUUCAAGAGCUUUACCGACAUCGGUACGCACACGACAUUCUAACAAACAAUACCAAAAAAAUCUGUCCUGUACCACAAUAUCUUGUUUCAAAACGAUUCUUGCUCUUCGUAUCCAUUUUGUUCUAGACCGGUCUAUCUUCUCCUACAAGUUUCAUUUGGUUCGCUUCUUUUCUUAUUCAACUUCAGUUUUUGUUUACGUUAUACUCUGGUUUGCAAUCUGUUCGCUCUACUUUUCAUGUAUUUCUGGCUCUACUCUAUUUGAUGUGGUGGUGUAAGGGUAUGGAUGGAUGGGGAUAGGGUUGGUUGGUUGGCUGGUUUGUUCCGGAGGUGUUCGUGGUGUCUAAGUGUAUGUGUGUUUCCGGCGAGAGGGGUGGCUUUUGUGAGAAUUGCGAUCGCAAGAAAUUUGGGAUGGGUGGUUGCCUGUUUGCUUGUCUUUACUUUUGCCAUUCUUUCCCCUUGUUCAUUACUCAAUCGAUGAUGGUAUUGGAAUGAACCAGCGGGCUGAUUGUUUUACUAUGCGGUAGCCUGGUGUUUGCUACUCGGCGUGCGCAAAAUGGUUAGAUGA